UAAAACUUAAAAAUAAACUAUUUUUCCGAAAGGAGAAGGGGUAAAUUUGCUACUAACUUCCUAUUAGGCAUGACUUGAAGUAAAAUCACAGGUUGUCCUUAGCCAGACAAAGGAGAAAGAGAGAGAGAGAGAGAGAGAGAGCCGUUUGAGAAGAAGAGCUGGCUCCCUCCCUCUUCUACCUACCUAGAUAAUUAAUUAGUUCUUCCUUGUUCCCCCUUUUCUCACGUUAUUCAAUUUAUCCUCAAUCCCUAACAAAACCCACAAUUUUCAACUCUUCUUCUCCAUUUCCUAAUCAAUCAGAGGAGAAAUGGAGACGACCUUAAACGACAACGAAUCGUUACUUGCUCGCAUCCAACAGUUAGAACAUGAGCGUGACGAAUUGCGUAAAGACAUUGAACAAUUGUGUAUGCAACAAGCUGGACCAAGUUAUCUUGUUGUGGCUACUCGAAUGCAUUUUCAAAGCUGGAUUGGAGCAGGAGAUUGAGAGCUUGAAAAAGAAAUUAGCUGCUUGUAGUCGGGAUAACCAAAAUCUUCAAGAAGAGCUUUCCGAAGCUUAUCGAAUUAAAACUCAGCUAGCAGACCUACAUCGUCAGGAGGCUGCAAAGAAUGUGGAAGCUGAGAAGCAGGUUAAGUUUUUCCAAGGCUGUGUGGCGUCUGCUUUUGCUGAACGGGACCAUUCGAUAAUGGAGGCUGAGAAGGCUAAGGAAAAGGAGGAGCUGAUGGCUCAGAAAUUUAAUGAGUUUCAGACUAGGUUAGAAGAGCUCACAUCAAAUUGUCUUGAACAGAGCAGACGUAAUGAUGCACUGCAAAUUGAUCUCGCAAAACAAGAAGAGGAAAAUGAAAUUUUAAGGAAGGUUAUGAGUAAGUUUUAUGAGAUCAGGCAAGAAGCUAUUGGGGAACUAGAGGAUGCUAGUUGGGAUGAUAAAUGUACUUGUCUAUUACGUGAUCCUGCAGAAAUGUGGAGUUUCAAUGACUCUUCCACCUCUAAAUACAUCAGUUCAUUGGAAGAAGAGCUGGCAAGAGUAAGGAGCUUUGUUGAUGAUCUCCAAAGCCAAUUGCGAGUGGGUCUGGAAAUUGAAAACCAUUUAAAGAAGAAAGUUCGUGAAUUGGAAAGAAAGAAAAUUGCAUCGGACAAAAUGAUUUUAAACAGGGUCACAGAAUUACGCCAUUAUCAUUCUCAGCAAAGAAUUCAAAUUAUGAAUUUACUUGAUAUGGAAAGAUCACAUAUCAAAAGAUUUGUUGAUGUAGUUGAAGAAAAAUUCAAGCAAUUUUAUCCCAGAGGGCAAAAUGUACGGAGUGAUCUAAAACCAGAUGAACAUGAGCAUGUAGAUGUUCAUAUAAGUACUGAUGCUGAAGCUGAGUUGGUACUCAAGAGCGAUAUGCUGGACUUACAUAUUUCUGGGAGAAAAAGUGAUACCUCAGAAGCCCUGGCACAGGCAUUGCAAGAAAAGGUGGCAGCGUUGUUGCUUUUAUCACAGCAGGAAGAAAGACAUUUACUGGAGAGAAAUGUUAAUGCGGCUCUUCAGAAAAAAAUAGAUGAGCUUAAGAGAAAUUUGCUUCAAGUAACUUUCUUGGCUAAACUUAAGAUGGAGGUUACAAAUGAAAAGGUGAAGGCACUCUUGGAGUUGGCACAGUUAAAGCGGAAGUAUCAGUUAUUGCAAGAGAAAAAUUGUCAUGAGAUGAAACAAGGGAAUGUUUUGGCUGAAGUUGCAGACAGAAGAAUUGGUACUUAUGAAAGAGAUGGUAGGCUAAGAAAUCUGCUAAAGAAAACAUAUCUGAGACGUUGGGUUGGUGCACUAGACACCAGGGGAAAUGAAGCUGAAGCUCAGCCAAAUAGCAUGGAUUUUGCUAGAUUGAGGAUUGAAAAUGCUACGCUGAAGGAGAGCAUGGAAAGUAUGGACCACCUGACUUCUACACUUCAUAGACUGCGUGUUUCACUUCUUAAGGUAACAGAGUCAAUUACUUCUGAAGGUACAGAUCCUAAUGCGUCAGAAGUUCUUGAUGAGAUCAUUACUGAUGCAAAACUUGUGAAGACUGCCCUUGGCAGCUCCCUCCCCGUUAGUUGGUCAGCUGAAGGAGAUGGUGAAUCAAUAGGAGAAAAUAUGGACAGUGAGCCGGGUGAUAUGUUUGAGUAUUCAAGCAAUGAGAAAAUAGAUUCAGUUUCCGCUGCAGGGUUUGAGAUGGUGGAUCUACUGAUACUUGCUGCACAGAUAUUAAAGGAAAGAACACCAACUGCCUCUUUAAGUGGAAGUUGAGUUUAUUCCGGUUCGUUUUCCAGUCUAGAUUUCAACUUGUACAUAUUUGUGAGCCAAGCUGGUGUAUAUAAAACUACAGCCCGAUAAAUGGGUAUCUUAGGAGAGGUUGAAAAACCAAGUUUCCGUCUCAGCGAUGGAAGAGUGAAGAAUGUGAAACAUCUGUGCAGCUGAGGAGGGAGGAAUUGCAUGACUUGUCGACAUUAAUAUAUAUAUAUAUAUAUUUAUUAUAGUUACUACAAUGUAAAAGGGUGUUGUCCAGAGAUGCUAUAUGCUAUACGUCUGUGUAACUAAUCUGUUGCUUCUAUAAUGUACAGUGAGUGUAUGUUCAUUGCAUUAAUACUUUUAUAGUGGCUCAGAAGCUGAAUUUACAAAUGCUUUCAGAGUUUAGAUUUACGUUCAACAAGCCAUGGCCCGCUCUUGAAUUGGCAUUCCUAAAGAGGGCGUUUACAGCCCAAAAUCUAUCGGUACAUAAAUGAGACAUCCCAUCUAAUUUCUUUGGGCCAGUCACCUCCCAUCUAAUUGAAUAUAUUACUUGCGAUAUUCAU